AAUCCAGCCGAGUUAAUAUAUUCACAAUUUACCGAAAUACAUUUACGAUAUUCCGUUGCGUUCUCGAGUUAUUUUUAAAUUUCUCGGGAAACUAGAACAUAGACCAACGAAAUUUCAUUCAAGCAAUUUUUUUCAUAAAAUGUGUUAUAUAGUGAACGUGUUUGUAUCUUUUUAGUUCAAACCAAAAUUGAUUAUUCAAGUUUGGGUGAAAAUGAGCGAAAAGUGUGAAAUUUGCGGCGAACCUUCAGAAUUAAAAUGCUCCGCGUGCAAAUCGGUUUCUUACUGUGGUAAAGAACAUCAGAAACAAGGAUGGAAAGAUCAUAAGAUUUUAUGCAAACCAUACGAAAUACAAACCGAUCCUGUUUAUGGAAAAUGUCUGGUAGCAACUCGAGAUAUUAAGCCGGGAGAUAUAAUUUUAUCAGAAUUACCACUGGUAUAUGGUCCAAGACCGCAUAUGGUAGAGGAAGGUCCUGUACCUUGUCCAGGAUGUUGCAGGUUGAUAAUAGGAGAGCAAUCGGCGAGGUGCGAUGGAUGCGAUUUUCCAAUUUGUCAUCCAGAUUGUUCCGGUCUCAAAGAUAUGGAUAGACACGGUCACGAAUGUGUUAUUUUAGGAUUACGUGACGUGAAAGCUUUAAACGGUCUUCAUGAUUUUUACCGACAAGACGCACUUUUGGCAUUGAGAUGUCUCUUACUUCAAAACAGGCAUCCUAAAAAAUAUGCACAGUUAAUGAAUAUGGAAGGUCACAUGGAAAAACGAGGUUCCAAUACAGAAAUUUACAGCGCAAUUGAAGAACGAAUAGUAAACUAUUUACAUGAAAAUUUCUUCCAUCCGAUGACCAUCUUAGAAGGAAGAUCCGGUAAAAAAGUUUUGAAUGACAUUUCUAAAGAAACUAUUCAUAAAAUAUGCGGAAUUAUUGAUAUAAACGCAUUGGAAAUAAAUCAAAACGCAGAAAUUACUGCCAUAUAUCCGACAGUUUAUUUACUAGAACACAACUGUUUACCCAAUACGACCCACGUCUUUGAUAACGACGGUUACAAGAUUACCCUCAAAGCUACGUUGCCAAUCAAAGCCGGUGAUCACAUUACAACUAUGUAUACUCAUUGCCUUUGGGGUACGCAAGCUAGGAGAGAGCAUCUUAGAGAAACGAAAUACUUCGAUUGCCAGUGUCAACGUUGCAAAGAUCCUACUGAAUUGGGUUCCUAUUUGAGUGCAUUAAAAUGCCUCGGUACCGAUGGCGAACCCUGUGGUGGUACUCAGCUUCCAAUUAACCCCGUUGACGACAAAACGGAAUGGACCUGUGAUAGUUGCUCCGUUAAAUUGACCAAUGAAGAAGUAGGUUUUUUAGUAAACGGUAUUGGCGAAGAAGUCGAUCAUGUUCAGCUCACCAAUCCUACUGUUAAAGACUUAGAAGCGUUAUUGACUAAAAUGAAUACGUUUUUACACCCUAAUCAUUAUCACGUUUACGCUGUUAAACAUUCUUUGAUACAAUUAUAUGGUUAUCAGCAAGGUUAUACUCCUACACAAAUUACUGAUGACUGUCUGGUAAGAAAAGCGACUAUGUGUAGAGAAUUAUUGGACAUAACCAACAAAAUCGACCCUGGAAACGCAAGAUUGGCUGUUUAUCGAGCAGUUCUUCUUCACGAAUUGUACUUGGCAGAUUGGAUCACCAUCAAGAGAAAAUGGGACCUUGGAAUUAAAGCUAAAGUUAAAUCUGUUUUAAUGAUGUUGAAUGAAUGUAAAAACUGUUUAACGCAACUUCAAGAGGUAUUGAAGAACGAAAAAAAUACUCCGGCUGGAGAUAAACUGAUAAAUUUGGUGGAAAAUUCUAAAAAAGAAUUUAACAAAUUCAUCGAACGAAAUAAAAUUGAUUUAUCAUCGCAACAUAACGGAAAUGCUAUUAAUGGAGCCGAUAUAGAAAAAUAAUUAUUUUUUUAAUUGCUGAACGUGAAUUUUGUAACUAAAUAUACUUCUGACUAUUCGA